UUCUCCACCUUUCCUUUCGUCUGUCAAUUGGAAAUGGGCACGAUUGUUGUUUUGUUUUUGUUUUUUCCAGCUGGUUCGCAAUCGCAGUGCAGCGAUCUCGCCUACAGCCGUUUAAGCGGUUGGCAUGCGGCGUGGAGCGAGGGAGGCAUCUUACUUGUAGUGGCCUUUCUGGAACGUUUUCGCGAGUCAAGUCUGUUUGCAUUUUGAGCUGUUUCCGAAUCGUCUCAAGCUUUCUACUCUCUGCAGCAUUAGAGAACCGAAUUCGAGAUCUUUGCAUGUAAGCCAAAAGCGGAGUUUGAGGUUGGAGAAUUCUUUCCUGAAUAAUGGCGGGGUUGAUAAAAGCAUCCAGCAUGAUACAACCGGCAUAUUUGUCGCCGCACAGGAAGCGAAGAGAAUCUUUCGCACUAUUUCUCUGUAAAACUUGCACUUUAAAAUGUGAAGUAGCCAGCCUAGGUUUGAAUAGCAUGGAUAGGAAUCGAAAAGGGAAAUCAUUAAGAAUUUUACAUAGUUGCUCAAUUUUUACGACUCAGCUACGUCCGAUGCCAUUUGCAAGGGUAGAAGACUCGUCUAUAUCUUUGAAUGUAGUAAGUACAGUUUCUCAGCUAUCAUCGAACUUAGAAGCGGUGCCUGCAGAAUCUCUGGGUAUAUCAGCAGAGUCAACGGAGUCGACAGUUCCUCUUAUAACGCACCCCUUACUGAAUUUUCUGCUCGAGGCUUAUUCGAUCUCUCAGUCUCAAACCUUGCUGGCCGCAGUCAUCCUAGCGGCCAUCGUUGCUGUUGCGACUAUCAUAGUAAGAUCUGACAAUGAGAGUCACCUAGAACGUCUGGAGGAUUCUUUGGUCAUUGUGUCACACCCUUCUCAAUUCCAUCGUUGUGUGUCAAUGCGUUGCCCUUCGAUGUCAUCACUUCGUUCCGCAAAGAUUCUAGUACCUAAAAGAACAUACAUGAAGUAUCAGAGGGUGUGCUUGCAUGCGCCCGAUGGGGGAGUAGUGGCAAUUGAUUGGCCGGUGGAGCUCGAUUUCGAUACAUACGAGGACAACUUUGCCAAUAUUCUGCUGCUCGUUCCCGGAACGACGGAGGGAAGUGAAGAUGAGGGAGUAAAGCAGUUUGUCAAUGAUGCCAUGCACUAUGGCUACUUUCCUGUGGUAUUAAACCCACGAGGCUGUGCCAACUCUCCAGUGACGACUCCCAGGGUGUUUUCAGGGGCAGACAGUGAUGAUGUUCGCUUGGUUGUUGAGCACAUCGUUCGCCAGCGACCGGGGUCAACACUAAUGGGUGUUGGCUGGGGCUGGGGUGCCAACAUGUUGACUAAGUAUCUGGGUGAAGAAGCAGGGUCCACUCCUUUAAUGGCUGCUGUAGCCCUUUCCAAUCCCUUCGAUUUGCAUCAGUCAUCCAUGCAUUUAAGAAUGACAAAUAAUGGACAAUUCGAUCGCAUUAUGGCUAAAGGCCUUGUGAGCAUUCUUGAAGCGAAUAAGGUGCUUUUUGUGGGACACAAGAAAGGUUUCGAUUUGAGUACAGCUUUGGCGUCUACUUCAGUUCGCGAGUUCGAUGCAACCAUCUCAAGAGUGACUUACGGUUUUGAUACUCUUGAAGAAUUUUAUUCUGCCGCUAGUUCUGCAAGAUAUGUCAACUCAGUGCAAGUCCCGCUUUUGUGUGUUCAGGGAGAGGACUUUGCAAUUCCAGCGACUUCCGUUCCUUACAGCAUCCUUGAAGCAAAUCCAUUUACUACUGCCCUUGUGGCACAGAUUCCCGCGAGUAACUCAACUUCUGCUAAGAGGGUUGUCAGAGAGCCCGGCAGUGCAUCAGGACAUGAAUGGAGUCACACCGUUGCCUUUGAGUGGCUAGCAGCAGUGGAAGUCGCGUUGCUGAAGGGGCAGCAUCCACUUCUUAAUUUAGUUAAUCCUUAUGAUCCAGAAAGUAAUACAAAUGCAAGAGAGCAGCCGCCUGUGCUGAAUAACGUGCCAAUUCAAGUCAAAGACAUACUUCCAAGUCUCGAAAACUCUAAGGUGGAUAAUUCCGUUGAAGCUUUGAAAGGUGACGACACAUCUAUGGAUGAAAAGGAUGAUACUUUCAUGCAAGAAGAGAGGGAUUUGUUGGCUACGAAAGCUGAGGAAGCUGAAGGAAAUGAAAUGAUAGAAGGAACGGAUGGUUCUAAAACUUCGGAGAAACGUGAUCUGAGGGCAGAGAGCUCCUCCUCUGAAACAGAGCGCAACUCUUUAGAAACGAAUGGUACCCUGCAAGACCCAGAUAAUAAUUCUUCAGAGCUCCAAGAGAACCCUCCAGAAGAAGACGUGGUUGAAGAAGUGGCUGAAGAAGUCCCUGAUGUCAUUCAAAUGAAAGCAGCAGCUGAGAGUGUUAUGAAUGUGUUGGAUAUCACGAUGCCUGGCACUCUAUCAGAUGAACAAAAAGCUCAGGUCUUGAAAGCUGUAGGAGAAGGAGAGAGCAUUCUGACAGCAUUGCAGGAGGCCGUUCCCGAGGAAGUGCGAGGAAGUAUGGCUGCGGCAGUAUCAGGGGCCGUGCAAGCAAGAGGAAUUAGUUUCAAUUUGGUUGGAUUUGGCAAGAAAAUACCUCCUCCAACUCUUCCUACUGGAUUAAUUGACAGUAUCAAGGGAAAGUUAUCUUCGGUUUCUGGUGGGAAGGAAGAAUCUGUCACCAAUCCUCCACAUUUGUCUGGUGACAGUUUGACCUCUGGGGGUCUUGAGAAUAUUCAAAGUGCACCUCCUGCAUCACGUGAAAAUGAAGAUGGCGUAACCCCAUCAAAUCCAGUGGCAAAUCCUAGUGAAGUGCAGAAAGCUGAUAAGCAAGAUGUAGGUAGUGAACAUGUUAAGCAAGAGGACAAGAAUCAGUCCGGUGGUCCAAACGAUUCUGGAGAGAAUUCAGCCAAGGAUACACCGAAGGAUACACCGAAGGAUGCACCGAAGGACACGCUGAAAGAUCCAGCAAAGGAUGCAUCAAAGGAUGCGCCGCAGGAUUCAAAAGAGCCUAACUCGGAAGAACUCAAAGACAACACGGAAAGCAAGCCAUUUGAAGGGAAGCGCGAAUCUACUGGUGAUAAACCAGAAGAAAUCGAACAAACCGGAGACAGAAACCAGGAUGUAGCGGAAGACGCUCCAGUUGGGGAGGCCGCUCGGAAAGAAGAUAAGAAGGCAGAAGAUACAGCACCUACUACUGGCAGCAUGAAUGCAAAAGAAGAGAAAAAACCUGUGGAGGAAACUACUCCUGAGUCUCCGGCUGCUGCCACCCCAACUCCACCUGCUCCAACCUCUGAGAAUAGCGCUCCGCCUCCUCCUCCUGCUCCUACUUCUGAAACUAGCGCCCCAUCUGUGCCCCCUAUUUCUCCCUUGGACAUGCGAUUAGCAUUUCAAGCCCUUACAGGAUUUGAUGAUUCAACACAAAUGGCCGUGACUAAUGUUUUCGGUGUCGUCGAGAGCAUGCUGGAGAAACUGGAUCAGGAGCAGAAAGAAGCUGCAGAGGAUGAUGCAGCCAAUAUAAAGGAAGGUUCCGAUGACCAAGACAGUAGCAAAGAAUAUGUUAAAGAGGAAGGGAGUAGUAAGAUUAGUAACAACAAUGAGAGAAGCAAGGAAGACGACAGUAAGGAAAACGGUGACGCAGGGAAUGGGAAAGGUGAAGUCGACAGUAAGGAAAACUGUGGUACAGGGAAUGGGAAGGAAGAAGUCGACAGCAAGGUCGCGGGUAGUUCACCUCUUUCUAAGCAUAUUGAGAAAGAUGGAGCAACGAAGGCAGCAGCAGCAGCAGCUGCAGACAAAGACUCUAAGAAGAUUAUUUAUGGCGGAGAAAAUGGUUGCAACACUCGCCGAACUGAUGAGAUCAUAGAGAAAGGAACUGCUGCAGACGUAGGUGUCAAGAAUCAAGGGGAGGUCAAUGAAGUAAGGGAGACCACAAACGUACCUGAGAAAUCCAAUCAAGUGAUGGACAUCAAGGAGAGCGCAAUGAAACUGCUUUCUACCAAAUUGCUGAAUGGAGAUUCCGUUCAAAAGCCACAGUCUAAAGUUUUGCUGAUCCAAAAAGAAGGGAAUUUCACUACUGUAGAGCGUCCGUUGAAUGGUCGAACUCUUGAAUCAUCAACUGAUGACUCACUCCCAAGUGUGAAUGGUGUAGCCUCCAAACCCAAAGGCUUUUCCGUAGGACAGGAAGCUUUUGAAACUCAACAAAGAAAGUUGAUGCAAGUAGAAGAUUCUACUAAGCCAGUUAUUAGUGGCAUGACCAUAGAGCAGUUGUCACAGGAAAUCGACCAGGAAAUCGGUAAUGAAGACAACAGUUCUGGAGAAGAUACAGUGCACGAUGACGGGACCAUCGAGGCAGAGGUGACGGGAAUCAAUGAAAUGAAGGCUUCAAACCCAAUUGAAGAUAUGUUGAAGGAUGCUCUAAAGUUGGAAUUACUGAGAAGGUUGGGAGUUGCAGGAAUGGAAUCUCUGGGAAUCGAUUUAGAGCAAGAGGUUGGCAAGGUAGCUAAUUCAGUAGCUGUUGCAGUUCAAAGGUGGAAAAAGGGAUCCAGUGCUGGUGGGUUAGAUGCUGGAAAAUCAGGAAUUUUAUCAUCUGAUACGGUAAUUAGUGCUCUUGGCACCGUCAUGGGAGGCACCCGCAUUUUGGGCGGAUUGGUUCCUAUUGGAGUGCUAACGGGUGUUAUUUUGGCUUCCCUAGGUGCAGUGUAUUUAAUCGUCACUGAUAAGGACCAGGAUAAAGAAGAGGAUAAUAAGAAAGUUGGUGGUGAAGGAGAAGAAGAAAUAGCCAAAGAACCCGAAGAAGACCCAUGUGCUAGUGAUGCUGAAUCUAACAACUCUUCAUGGCAUAAAGUAAAAGAAUCUGCUGUGGAUGUUCCAGUUCUAAGUAUAAACCGCCGCAGUGAAAGCCCGAUAAGUGGAUUUUCUGAGUUGGAAGAUCCUGAAGUGGAGGCAGCGGAAGCUGUAGAUGGUGGUACAUCCGAUGAGGAUGAUCAAUCUUCGGAAUUGGAAGAAUCAUGUGAUGUUGAGGAAGAUAAAGCAGAAGGCAAUAAGCGAAGCAAAGUUAUGAAUAUGAUGGCUGCAGCUGUCACCGGUGGCGCCACACUUGCCGGAAUGAAUAUGUCGAACAAGGAUGAUCCAGGAGUGCAAAAAGAUGGUCAACCCAUUGAGGGUGUUAAUAAGGAUAUGGAAAAGGAGCGUGUUAGAGCAGGUAUCAUUUCCAGCAUCCAUCCUUUGGCUGAGAAGGCAUUAUCAGUAGCAGCGCCAGUGGUUCCUCACAAGGAGGAUGGGGAGAUAGAUCAUGAGAGGUUGGUGGCAAUGUUAGCAGAACUUGGGCAGAGGGGUGGCUUCCUUCGACUUAUUGGUAAAGUAGCGCUUCUAUGGGGUGGUCUGCGGGGUGCUAUGAGCCUUACUGAUCGUCUUCUAGUCUUUUUACAAGUGAAUCAACGUCCACUACAUCUGAGGCUUGUUGGAUUUGCUGCAAUGGUUGUAUUGUUGUGGUCUCCUGUAUUGAUACCCGUCUUGCCCUCAUUGUUGCAACAAUGGGCUACCAAAGCACCAGGCGGGGUCGCCGAUGCUGCAUCUGUGGUUGGUUUGUAUGGGGCUAUUCUCAUUCUCGUUACAAUCUGGGGGAAGCGAGUUCGUGGCUACAAUAAGCCUCUUCUACGUUAUGGUCUUCGUUUCUGGUCUAAGCGAAAGGCUAAAGAUUUAGGCUUGGGCUUAGCCUUGGGUGGUGGAUUGGUCACAUUCUUGUACAGCUCAAAUUUCAUCUUGGGCUACGUACAAUUCAAUUGGAAUGUGCUGUUUGCUACAAAUCCCAAACUUCCUGGUACUGCAGGAGUCGCAUUGUUUACAUUCAUCAAAAUUAGUAAGCUUUUGGGACAAGCAGUCGGAGUUGGACUGGCGGUGGCGCUUGUAGAGGAAGUUCUUUUCAGAGCGUGGUUGCAAGAAGAGAUUGCGGUUGAUUUGGGGUUUCACAAAGCUGUGUUUUUAUCCGCUGUUGCAUUUGCACUAGUGCACUGGUCACCGCCGGCAAUGCCAGGCCUUUGGUUUCUAUCGGUGGCCUUAGCAGGUGCACGGGCGAAGAUGAACCGCAACUUGGCAUUUCCUAUAGGACUCCACGCGGGCCUUGUAUCAAUCAACUAUGUGUUAACUGUUGGAGGGAUAGUGCAAUAUAUGCACAAUGCGCCCACCUGGUUCACAGGUGCACAUGUUAGAAACCCGUUAGCUGGGGCCCUUGGCACAGCCAUCAUGGCCAUGCUGGCGGUGAUCAUGUACCCACGCACUACUACUCAUCCAUUUAUGCCCUCCCAGGAAGCUGAGCCCGCGGUGUAGUUCUUGUAACAAUAGAGAAAGAGUUCUUACUAAAAAAAUGUUCAUAUGAUUUGUUCACCUCAGCUUCUUUGGUUUGGGAAGGAUUUAAAUGUAGCUUCUUGUUUUCGUCUAGUGAGUACAGUGUGUGUGUGCGAAUGCCAGGCUUUGUUCAUCGUUAACAUUCAUUAGUGAAGUUGCAACUGAUGUUCUGCCAAUCGAAGUGCUCAGAAAUUUGUUAUUGAUCAGGUUAAAACUGCUCAACUUUCAGGGUAAUAUUUGUUCUACAUUAAAAACAAUAGCCUUGUGUUUGUUGUGGCAGACCAGUUGUAUUUUCUUGAGUACUAAUCAAUUUGUCUUUAUACUUA